AUGGGGCCCCCGGGCAAUAGGGGAUCAUGGGGCCCCUGUGUCCUUGCCCAAACUCAAAAAAGCCUAAGAAAAAGGUACCAGGGGCAUCUCAUGGGGACCCCUACUGACCGCGGGCCCUCGGGCAGUGCCCGAGUUUCCAAAUGGUCAGUCUGCCCUGGACUACAUUGUAUUCUUUUGUAACAUCAUGUGCAGCUUUAUGCUUCUUCCAAGCAUGUUAUUUAAUAGAUUUGUGUAUUCUCAGUGAUGCCCUUUAAGACCCCUUUCCUCCAGAUUGCAUUUUUUAAAUUUUGUUUUGCAUGGGUACAUGUCCAGCAGUGCUCAGUU